UAAUACUCAUCUUCUUCCUCUUCCGAUCUCUCUUUCUUCAUCAUAUAUGAAAUGGGAAGCAUCAUCACUUUCCCCAUCAAACACUUAACUCACACUUUUAUCUUCCUCCUACCAUAUUUUCUCUGCGCAUAUUGCCCCAAUAAUUCGAUAAUCUCACCACCAAUAUCACCACCUUUACAUAUACCACCCAUACCAAAAUUCCUAGACCACAGGCUCAGAGAAGUUUACCCCAUUAUCCAGGCCUUCAAGAACUUAAUCACAUCAGAUCCCUUCAAUGUCACAAGCUCUUGGGUUGGAUCAGAUAUAUGCAACUACACAGGCUUUUACUGUGCUCACCCCCCCAACAAUCAAUCUGCCACAGCCCUUGCCUCCAUCGAUUUCAAUGGCUUCGGCCUCGUUGCCCCAACUCUUGAUGGCUUCAUCAAUCAACUACCUGAUAUUGCCAUCUUUCAUGCCAAUUCUAAUAAAUUUUCUGGCACUAUACCUCCAAAACUCGCAACACUCCCAUUUUUAUAUGAACUAGACUUAAGUGACAAUAACUUUUCAGGAGCUUUCCCUCUCCAUAUUCUCCACAUGAAUCGCCUAUCUUUUUUAGAUAUUCGAUAUAAUUUCUUUACCGGGUCAGUCCCGCCCCAACUUUUCUUAAAAAACCUUGAUGUACUCUUCCUUAACAACAACAAAUUCACGCUAAAGCUCCCUGAAAAUCUUGGCUCAACACCAGCCCUUUAUCUCACCUUAGCUAACAACAAAUUCACUGGUUCAAUCCCGAGAAGUAUAGGCAAAGCUUCGUCUACGUUAACUGAAGUUUUGUUAUUGAAUAAUUGGCUCAGUGGCUGUCUUCCAUAUGAACUAGGGUUUCUGAAAGAGCUCAAGGUUUUUGAUGCUAGCAACAAUCAUUUGACCGGCCCGUUACCGAUCUCGUUGGGGUGUUUGGAGAAGCUGGAGCAGUUGAACCUCUCCCGAAAUCUACUGUAUGGGAAGGUGCCUGAAGUGCUGUGUGCGCUAGGAAAUCUGGUGAAAUUAUCAUUGUCAAAUAAUUAUUUCACGAAAGUUGGGACAUUGUGUGGGAAGCUGAUCGAGAGUGGGGUUCUUGAGGUGAAAAAUAAUUGUAUUCGUGAUCUUCCUGAUCAGAGAUCAAAGGUGGAGUGUAUAAUGUUCUUCUCGGACACGAGGUCUUGCCCCCGCCCCUCGACGUUUGAUAUAAUUCCUUGCAAUGUGACGCCAACGAGCAAUAAUCCUCCGGCGAGACCCAAGAGAAUUUCAUUAGCUUAUACUGCUUUUGUUAGACAUAGAUUAUUAUGAGGACUUUUGUUAUUAGAUUAAUGAAUAAUGGAUUAAUGUAUUGUUGAAAUUGUAUAUAUAUUAACUAUACAAUGAUAGCCUUUUAUGUAGGCCUUAUAAUGGUACAAAAUCUAUACUAUAU